AUGCUGCAUGACGCACGUCGUCCGUGCGGUGAUGUAGCGUCCUACCGGAAAGAAAGUUAUGAAGGUAAGCUGAAACAGGAACCGAUAGGUGAGUGCUUGAGUGCAGUGCAAAAAGCGAGGCGCACUACGUUUCGCUGUAUUGCGGCAGCUUUGGACCUGUCGCGCUCAACGCUGCACGACUACUACAAGCGCGGCAUUUUUUUAAGCUUGCAGCAUGUCCAUGCAACGAACGCUGACCUAUUCAGCUUUGAGGGCAUGACGAACGUUGCUCAUGUGCACGAGAAGUGGUUCUUUGUCUUGGUUCGACGGAAAGAUACGGCACGUGGCACUUCACGGAACGUGCCCGCUCAGCGCGGAUGGUGCAAUCAGCCAGCCGGUGCCCUUGAGACCAAGCGCGUCAGUGUAACGUGCUCAAUCUACAAGAAUAUGCUGAUUGACCAAGUGAUUCCUGCUAUCAAAGCAAACUGGGGAGGAGAUAGCAGGGACCUGAUGUACAUCCAACAGGACAACGCGCGCCUCCAUGUCCCCCCAUCGGACACAAAGGUUGUGGCUGCUUGUACCAGUGACGAUUGGAACGUGCAACUUGUCUGUCAGCCGCCCAAUUCGUCCGACCUCAACCUGUUAGACCUUGGGUUCUUCCGUACUACCAUCCAAGCGAUCCAGGAGAAGAACUAUUCGCGGCGUGUUGACGACAUCAUUGCUGCCACGGAGGCUGCUUGGCUUGAUGUCCACAAGGAAACGUAG